GGCCGAGCGCGCGACCGGAGUACUGCGGUGAUGAGCAUGCACAUACCCAUUCUCUGACUUGCUGCCCCUCCACUGACAUGGCCCACCGGGGUGGGGAGAGGGACUUCCAGACUUCAGCUCGGCGCAUGGGCACGUCACUGCUUUUCCAGCUUUCAGUACAUGAACGGGAGCUGGACCUGGUUUUUCUGGAUCAUAGCUAUGCCAAGCCUUGGAGUGCCCACCCAGAUGCCAGUAGUGCUCGCCCCACCCGCAUGCUCUUUGUCACUCCGCGUCGGCAGCAUGAAAGUACCAUUGAAUCAGAUGUCCCAAUAGACGUGGAGACGGUCACAUCAACACCUGUGCCACUCUAUGACAAUCAGAAGGCACGAAGUGUGAUGAAUGAAUGUGAAAGGCAUGUCAUCUUUGCCAGGACUGAUGCAGAUGCCCCUCCCCCACCAGAGGACUGGGAGGAGCAUGUCAACAGGACUGGCUGGACAAUGGCCCAGAACAAGCUAUUCAACAAGAUCCUCAAAGCCCUGCAGUCUGACCGCCUUGCCCGCUUGGCCAAUGAAGGGGCUUGUAAUGAGCCAGUGCUGCGUCGUGUUGCCGUGGACAAGUGUGCGAGGAGAGUGCGGCAGGCUCUGGCAAGUGUGAGCUGGGACACCAAGCUGAUCCAGUGGCUGCACACCACCCUUGUGGAGACCUUGAGUCUGCCCAUGCUGGCAGCAUACCUGGAUGCUUUGCAGACGCUGAAAGGGAAGAUCCCGACCUUGAUUGAUCGAAUGCUUGUGUCAUCUAACACGAAGACAGGGGCUGCAGGAGCUGAGGCCUUGUCUCUCCUACUGAAGAGGCCGUGGGACCCUGCUGUUGGGGUGCUUUCCCAUAAUAAACCAAGUAAACUUCCUGGUUCUCCUUUGAUUCUCAUCGCUUCCUCUGGCCCCUCCAGCUCUGUGUUUCCCACCUCACGCCGUCACCGCUUCUGGCAGUCUCAGCUCUCCUGCUUAGGCAAGGUCAUCCCUGUAGCUACUCAUCUGCUAAACAAUGGCAGUGGGGUAGGAGUUCUGCAGUGUCUCGAGCAUAUGAUUGGGGCAGUGAGAAGCAAAGUGCUGGAGAUUCACAGCCAUUUUCCACACAAACCCAUUGUCUUAAUUGGCUGGAACACAGGAGCUUUGGUGGCCUGUCAUGUGUCAGUGAUGGAGUAUGUCACUGCAGUUGUCUGCCUUGGGUUUCCUCUGCUUACCGUGGAUGGCCCCAGAGGGGAUGUGGAUGAUCCCCUCUUGGAUAUGAAGACUCCAGUCCUCUUUGUCAUUGGUCAGAAUUCCCUGCAAUGUCAUCCUGAAGCCAUGGAGGACUUCCGGGAGAAGAUUCGGGCUGAGAAUAGUUUGGUGGUGGUUGGGGGUGCUGAUGAUAAUCUCAGAAUAAGCAAAGCAAAGAAGAAAUCAGAAGGGUUGACUCAGAGCAUGGUGGACAGAUGUAUUCAGGAUGAGAUCGUGGACUUUCUCACUGGUGUGCUCACUCGCGCUGAGGGUCACGUAGGCUCAGAGCCUCGGGAUCAGGAUGCUGAGAAGAAGAAGAAGCCCCGUGAUGUGGCCCGCAGAGACCUGGCCUUUGAAGUCUCGGAGCGGGGCAGUCGACCUGCCUCCCCAGCUGCCAAGCUGCCUGCCUCACCCUCAGGCUCAGAGGAUCUCUCCAGUGUGUCCAGCAGCCCCACCUCCAGCCCCAAGACCAAAGUAACCACAGUGACCUCUGCACAGAAGUCCAGUCAGAUUGGGAGCUCUCAGCUGCUAAAGAGACAUGUGCAGCGGACAGAAGCUGUGCUGACCCACAAACAAGCCCAAGCACAGUUUGCUGCUUUUCUGAAACAAAAUAUGCUGGUGAGGAAAGCUCUUCCUCCCGGCACCUCCUCCUGUCUCUUUGUUCCCAUUUCAUCAGAACCAACAGAAGAAACAGAGAAAGAGGAUCUUAGGGUCCAGCUGAAGCGGCACCAUCCAUCAAGUCCCCUUCUUGGCAGUAAGACCUCCAAGCGACCGAAGAUCAAGGUGUCCCUUAUUUCCCAAGGCGACACAGCUGGAGGGCAUUGUGCUCCUUCCCAAGGAGGAGCUUCAGAAACUGCAGGUGGGAAGCCUAUCACCAUGACCUUGGGGCAGGCUUCAGUAUCGGCCAAGGAGCUCACAGGAAUUCUCACCACAGCCAGGUCAAGCGCUUCUGAAGGUGGACUGUCAGCCAGCCCUACCCCUUCUGUAGUCGCGAGCAGCAGCGCGCCUAGUGGUUUGCACACAAUCCAGAGCCGCUUGGUGGCCACCUCUCCUGGCAACUCCCUCCAAGGGGCCACAUCAGCCAGCAGUCUCCUCCAAGGCCUCAGCUUCAGUUUGCAGGAUAUCAGCAGUAAGACCUCUGGCCUCCCAGCAAAUCCUUCCCCGGGGCCGGCCCCACAGGCUACCAGUGUGAAGUUGCCCACCCCCAUGCAGAGCCUGGGUGCCAUCACCACGGGCACCAGCACCAUUGUCCGUACCAUUCCUGUGGCCACCACUCUGUCCUCCUUGGGUGCCACUCCUGGUGGGAAGCCCACAGCCAUCCACCAACUGCUGACCAAUGGGGGCCUCGCUAAGUUGGCAAGCAGCCUCCCUGGCCUGGCUCAGAUCUCUAACCAAGCAUCAGGCUUGAAGGUCCCUACCACUAUUACUCUGACACUUCGUGGCCAGCCAAGCAGAAUCACCACACUGAGCCCUAUGGGCUCAGGAGUAGCCCCAUCUGAGGAGCCCACUUCCCAGGUGCUGCCCUGCAGCUCACAGCGCCUGCCUCCAGCACCCUGAAGAUGCCAUGCGAUAUGUCCUCCUUACCAGGUUGGUGAUGGCUGCCUCAUGGUGGGCCCUGGACAUAUGCGGAGUCCUGCUGAGCUGUCCAUGUGUCUGAAGACCUCUUUAAGACAGCCAUUUUUGCCUCUGCCAACUCUCUUCAGGGUUGGGCCUUUGGGUCUUCAGAGAAGCUGUUAGGUUAGGUGAUAUGGCACCAACAAGGGAAGCACCAUCCUCUAGGAUCUGCAAGUACAGUUCCAGAAUCCCCAGCCUCAGCAGAUCUGGCUAUGCAUGGUUCAGAGCAUACUUCCCUGCUUAAGCUGAAGUUUGACCCUAGUUUCAGUGUUGGACUGAGCACUGUAUUACAUGAAGGAAUUUCCUUUUGGAAGUCUGCACUACCCCGAGUUGGGAAGAAAUUUCCACAUUGUCUAGGGCUACAGUAGUUAGGAUUGAAAGCUCUUUGCUAAGGACUGGGCUGGUCCUGGCUUACAGGUGGUUCAGAGCCAAAAGGGAUUGCUUUAGAUAUCACUGUUGCCUUCACUGAGCAGCAAUGGGAGAGUUUUUUAUGCAGCUCCUUUCAGAAACCACACCAGAUACUGAAUAACCUGUUGAGACUUGGAAACUUAAGAUUUUUGUGUUUCACAAUGAAGGCAAAGAGAACUGGGCUGUCAUCUUUCCUCUGUUUUGGCAUACUUUAGAUGUGGGAAGCUCGUGGUUGCCAAGAGGUGAGAGGUGGCUCUGUUUUCUUUUUUACCAUGCUUUGAGCAAUUCCUAUAUCCAGAGAGUUUUCAGGUCCAGAUAGGCUGAAGAAGAAGAAUGGAACAGCAAAGUACGGGGUUAAAGAACAUGCCAAUAGUCUUAUGGUGAAAAGAACUUGGGCGUGGGUCUCUGCAUCUGGCACCUAAGGAACUGGUGAUUCAGCUGGAGAGGAGAAGAAUUUGCCAAGUCAGAGGGAAGAAAGGCCAAACCCCGAAAGUCCUAUCUUCAGUGCCUGAAGGUGAAGUAGGAACAAGUUGCAUAGUAUUUUGGCCUUUGCCGGAAGGUUGGGGCAUCAGAACACAAAGGUCGUCCGUUAGUGUUUUUGUUUCUGAAACUUUUUGGUGUUUGCUUAGAAGUGGGAAGAUUACUGGCAGUGACUACUGUGCAGGGAUAUUGCUACCCGCCUGAACCCAGCAGGUAUUAAUCCCUGGAAAAAUGGUUAAGAAGAUGGAGCUCUGAACUUAUCCUUACCUCUUUAUAACACUUGUGUGCAAAGAUAGUUUUAGGUUUGUUUUAGAACUUAUCCUCCAGAGCAGAUUCCUUUCUGUUCUAUACUUAAGAGUGUUUUCCAGUCAAGGUAAUGCAUAGGGCAGCCCAUGUGUGAUCUUCUCAGUGUCCUUUUCUAUAGGCAGGGAGAGCCACAGCGUGACUGAAAUUGUGGUCCAAUUAGUCUUCACUAGGCUCCCUGUGUUCAGUCCAGUUAGUGGCAGCUAGGUGGGAGUACAGUGUGCAGGAGUUUUGGAUGAGGCUGGUCAGGGGGCUGUAGGUAGGGGGCUGUACCUUCCCUCACUGAUCUCCUAAAGAACUGGUCUCAGCAAUAUAUCCCAAAAAAUUAGGCUGGAUUUUUGCAUUAGCUGGUAGAUAACUUUCUGAAAUGUCUGAAAUUCAGGAGGUAUUUAUUAUAAUAAAUUUGGGGAAGGUAUAAAAUUUGAAAAAGGCCUUCAGGAUUCAGGUGUUUGAUUGCUUUACAAAUAGGAUCAUAACACACUAAAAGAGCAGAGUACAGUAAGGCUGUACAAGACUAUGUGGAACUUUUAGGAAUUAAUUAAGACAGACAGAAGGUCUUAAACCAUCUAUUCUUGACUUAGGAAAGCAGCCUAGAUGAUGUUGCAAGUGCUACUCCUGAAAGAUGCUGGCCCAAUGUGUGCUGGGGCCAAAGAGAAACUAACAAGUUGACCAGCCUUUGUGGUCAGUCCUAAUGUGCUUCCUAUGGAUGACUUCCUGAGGCUUGGGCUAUACAACUUGGAGAACUCCAGAACUGUGGAGAAGGGGAGCUGUGAGAACGUUGGUGGUUCUAUACCUUGAGGGACAGGCUAACAGGGGACCGGUUGAAGUUUAUUUAGUCAUGUCCCCCAGUUCCCUUCUCAAGCCACACUUUUUGAAAUGCAAAAGCAAGGUUUACCUAUUUCAUAGCAAACCUUGAGUCUAUACUUCAGAAAGUGAUGUAAUUAAUUGGUGGAGAAAGUACAAAGAUAAAGAAGGCCUUAAAUUCUUGGAUAACAGAUGUAUGUUGAUACCUUAUGAAAGAUUUCCUUGGGCUUUGAGAAUAGGUCACUGAGGGAGGAAGAUCUACUCUUUAUUCUUUGUCCUAAUAGUGGAACAAUUUUGGACUGGAUGGGGUUAUAGAGCUGAGCCCCUGUGGCAAUUCUAUUCUUACGAUAACAAAAACAAUUAAAAAAGCCAAAACCACCUUUGGAUUGCUUCACCUUGUUUUCAGUUGACUUCUCAUGUGUAUUCUGGUAACUACCAAUAAAGUGGGCACAGAAAAUAUAGCUAAAAUACUGUAAUGCUAGUGAUCAUCUCAAAGAUGCCAGGUAGUGUGAGAUAGGUACUAUAAUUCCCUUUUUACAGGUGAGGAAACUGAGGCACAGAGAAGUCACACAGCAGAAAGUGGCAGAAGCCAGUGACGGAACCCAGGCAGUCUGAUAUCAGAGUCUGUUCUACUCUGCACUGUUCUGGGAUUCUGAGAUUCUGAGAUGGGAGGCUGGAAAUGGAGGUUAGCCAAGGAGGCAAGGAGAUGGUGGUUUGGCCUACAUGUGAUCCCUUUCAGUUUAUUUCUCACCAGGUCAAUAAUGAAUGAUGCUGUUAUGGGAUGAGAUGGGUGGGGAGGAGGGUUUUUGGCUGGGCCUGAGUCAGGAGGUGGGGUCCCUCACCCUUGAUCCUGAGAGAUCAGUAUCCUUUUGCACAUCCUAUACUUCACCUACCCUUAAUAAAUAAAUACUUAGAGAUGAAUGAAUGAACUCUAGCCUCUAGAUUUGUGAACUUGUUUCCAAGAGGACCUUCCUUCCAAACCUUAAUUUCUGGGUCCUUACACUUGGCACUAGAGCCCUCUGGGUGGAGAUUGCUUUAGUAAACUGCUUGUAGUAUCUAGUAUACCUGGGGCACAUCUUGUUACUGUCCUUAGUGGAGACCAGGUGCAGGUGCUCUACCCUCCCUCUCAAUUCUAGUCUUACUAACUCUGCUGGGGUGGAUGAAGUAAGAUGAGGAUUAGAUUGCUUAAGUGACAGCUGUCUUAUUUCAGAAGUGUAGGGACAGGAUUAUAGCAAAUUAUAGUGCAGACAAGUCUUUGUUACUUUAUCUUCUUUUCAAGCAUACGUCAAAAUUGUCAAAAUUUAGUCAAAAUUGAUGGUUUCAAGAAGCAGAAACCUAUUUAUUCAACAAAAAAAGCUAUAAAGGGGAAUAUUUUCUCUAGGGGCAUUCUUAUAGACAAGGAUCCUCAACAGUUUUUGCUGCUUGCCUCAUGACCUCAAGUGGCUUGGACUUACUGGGAACCAGUUUUUAUCACACCAUCACAGGGCUUUUCAGCUGUGGGAACCUUCAUGGGUGGCCAGUCUCCCUGUCUUUCACUUCAAAUUCUGAAGACAACCAGAUUGGUUCAGUCUCACUUGUAAAUUGGUUCUUCUUAUCCCUUCCCUUUUGGUCUAGUAAUAGUGUCCAGAGGAUGAAGUCUUGUGGUUCAUAUUAUUAUCUUUCUAACAAGAAGUCUUUAGGGAUUAAAAAACACACACACUGUUGGGCUAUUUAGGUAUAUGUGUGUUUUUAACUUGCAGUGACAAUAGAGGGAGGUCCAUGUCUCCUUCACCAUGUUUUCCCCAUUGCUUGCAUCUCGCAUAACUAGUAGUUCAAAAUGAAAACCAGUAAAAUGACAUUGGCAUGAUGUGUGUACAUAGUUCUACAUCAUUUUAUCCCUAUAAUCACAAUCAAGACACAAAACUGUCCCAUCAGCAAAAAGCUCUCCUUCGUGCUACCUCUUUAUAGUUGUACACCCAGCCAUUUCCAACCUACCAUUCCUAACCCGUGGUAAUCACUAACUUCUUCUACAUCUCUAGACAUAGAAUGACAUAUGCCAUAUUUUUGCCAUGUGUAAUGUACACUUUUGGGCAAAAAUUUUUAGGGAAAAAUAAAGAUGCUCUAAAUUAGA